UCAGGCAAAAUUCUACAUAGGUUACGAAUUUACGAAUCAAACAAAAAAACUUUUUGUUUUGUUGUGGCGUGUUGAAAUAAAUUUAGGUUCCUUCGUGUUAAUCAUUAACUUGAUAUUUUUGUCCAAAAUCUAAUUAAUAAUGAAUGUAUGCAGAACUUGUCUUGCGGACAAAACUGACAAGGACAUAUUUAAUGUAAAGAUGAAUAAAGAGUUUAAAAACAAAACUUUUGUUGACAUGAUGAUAUUUUGUCUGGAUAUAAUGGUUGUUAAAAAUCCAACCAUUACAACAAAACUUUGUGCAAAAUGCUACAGAAAAAUAUUAUCAUUUCAUAAAUUUAAAUCGCUGGCCAUAGAAAAUGAUAUUUAUUUAGAAAGUCAGUGUACAUCUGCCAAGCACCAGAUUCCACUCAAUAACAAUGAGAAUGAGAUUGGGCCCACACAACAGUUUAGUAUACAAAUGGUUGACUGUCUCUCUCCUGAAAUGAACAACAAAGAUAUAAUAUUCAGAGAACAAGUCAAGACAGAAAUGGUAUCGGCUCAUGAUGCAGAAAAUGACAGUAUCGAGUUAGGAAAAUCAGAGCCUCCAGAGUUAGAGUCUGAUGAUGAAUACUUGAGUGUAAUUAAAACAAUUAAAAUGGAGUAUGGUAUGGAUGGUAAAGAUGCUAAGAUCAAACGUAAAAAUGCUACUGUAAGAAAAUCAAAUUCCAAAAAGAUAGAUAAUCCAAAAAAUAAUUUUAAAAUGAUGUGCGAGGAAUGCGGACUUACUGUAAAAGAUUUAAAAGAGCAUAUGAGACAACAUCUUCCUCCAGACGAGAGACCAAGAGUCAAUUGUCACCUUUGUGAGGAAACGUUUUCAUCGGCCAAUUCAAAAUACAAACAUGUGAGACGUAAACAUAUGAACAUCAAACAGAAUUGUAAAAUCUGUAAUAAGGCUGUCGCAAACCUGAAAGCGCACAUAUUAGUGGUGCACAAUACGGAAUCACUGCCGUUUGAAUGUAUAGCAUGCGGACGCGGGUUCAUAUCGAAGUCGCGCCUUGACGUUCAUAUGGCGGUGCACACCAAGGAUCGCCCUCAUAAAUGCUCAUUUUGCAUUAAACGGUUUAGGACUAAGAUUUGCAUGCAGCUACACGAGCGACAAGUCCACAAAAAGGAGAAGAAUCAUCUCUGUCAGUUCUGUUCGAAAACUUUUUUCAAAAAAUAUCACUUACAAGUGCAUAUAAGAACUCACACGAAGGAGAAACCGUACGAAUGCAACGAGUGCGGCAAGUGGUUCAGCUCGAAGAACGUGCUGAAGAACCACAAGCUCAUACACGAGGACGUGAAGAGAUUCGCGUGCACGCUCUGCGAUAUGUCGUUCAUUAGAAACGGGUACCUGCAUGCGCACAUGCUGUCCCACAAGAAAGAGAAACGCUUCGAGUGCCAGUACUGCGGGGCGAAGUUCCACCGCUCCGACCACAGGAGGCGCCACGAGCACACCGUGCACCGCCGACACCUCGACAGCGCUCUCGACACACCCUUCACGGCCAUAUAAUACCAAAGGGGACUUUUUGGCGGGAACGCGAGGAGUGAUUUGUUUUAUUUUGUCUAUUUAGUGUUUCUUCAGGUUUAAUUAAGUGUAA